GACGUUUAUAAAGUAAAAUAUUUAUAUAAAUUUUCUCUAAUUUUCCACAUUCUGAAUGUUUGUGUUUUGAUUGCGAAGUCUGAUCAUUUUUUCUUAAAUCGUUUACCUAUACAAAAUUAAAAUCACAAUGUGUAUUGCUCUUGUAGAAUAACGAACGCAUCUUUCAAUAUAUUUAAUAUUUCAAAUUUAGUAAUUAAUAUGGAUACACCAUCGUUGAGAAAUGUGUGUUCUGCUGGAAAGCAAGCCUUGGUCUGUUUUCUUCUCUCGGUUUCGAUAUUUUCCGCAUCUUUCUUCUCAGGCAGCACCCUGGGCUUUUCUUCUGAGCUCUGGGCAUUAAAAUACUGGGGCCCAGCAUUAUAUUUUUGUUUAUUUAACUUCAUUUUGAGAUACAGUUUCAAAGGUUUUUUGUAUGAGGUGUCAGUUCGGUCAACGUUUCUGGGGACAAUUUUCGCGACCGGUCUGCACCUGGCUACAUUUGACAAUGGGUGGAGAGUCCUCGGGCGGUACCUGAUGGUCUUCUCCGGGUUCCACUUCUCGGAGUUCAUGACGGUUGCUCUGACCAACCCACGGACAUUAUCUGUGGACUCGUUCAUACUGAACCACAGUGUGCAGUACUGGGUAGCAGCUGUAGCCAGCUGGGUUGAGUUUGGACUUGAAUAUUACUUUUUCCCUAACAUGAAGAUGUACUUCUGGCUGUCGAACGUGGGCGUGUGCCUGUGCGUGGUCGGUGAGAUCCUGCGGAAACUCGCAAUGUUCACCGCCACCACAAACUUCAACCAUAUGGUGCAGUAUAAGAAGCAGCCGGACCACCAGCUGGUCACCCACGGCGUGUACUCCUUCUUCAGACACCCCAGUUAUGUCGGGUGGUUCUACUGGUCGGUUGGGACGCAGUUGGUAACCCUGAACCCAGUGUGUAUGGUGUUCUACGGUGUAGUCUCGUGGGUGUUCUUCCGCGAGCGAGUGUUCGCAGAGGAGACAACCCUACUGGCCUUCUUUGGGAACCAGUACAGGGACUACCAGCAGAAGGUCAGAACCGGCCUGCCCUUCAUUCAGGGCAACGUGGCCGAGAACACCACUCAAGGACUUAAGAGGGAACACUGGAGCUAUUAAGUUAAAAAAGAUUUAAUUUAAAAAAAAUGGCAAAAUAUGUAAUAUUAUCAAUUAUCUUUCUAUUUAGCGCGCUAACGCUCCAUGGCGAGGAAAGCAAAUUCGCUCAGAUGAGAGGGAGAUAUCUAAAGAGAUUUGAUAUUCGAUUUUUUCUAUAAGAAAUGUUUAACAAUUUUUUUCGAUGUUUACAAAAAUGAGAAUAAAAGAAUUUAUGCAUCUUGUUGCUACAUGAAAACAUGGAAAAUUGCAAUUAAAGUAUAUUUAGUUAAUUUUGUUUCUUGCCAAUGGUGCAUAUGGAAACAGUAAUGUAUAAAAUGUUUGUCUAUAGGCAUGUGUUAGCUAAUCUUUGAAACUCUUUGUAAAACUUUAUAAAUGUUGAUAAAAAAAAUUGUAUAUAUACACAACAAUAGAUUUUUAGAUUAUUUAGUUCACAAUAAAAAAUUUGUCUGAUGUAUAUGUAAAAUUUUGUAAAGACAAAUAUCAUUCAAUCAUAUUGUAAUAUGUUGUUUGUGUAUGAAAUUGUAUUUUCCAGUGUCAUUUAUGAAGCUUGUUUUAAAAGUUCAUCUAAAUUAAUAUAAAAUAAAUAAUAUACCUGAUCAAUAAUUGUCACAAAAUAUAAAGUUAUUAUUUUGUUAUUAAAAUAUGAAAAUAUAUGAUUGUGACAUUUUAAUGAACAAUAUAACUAGUAUAUGUAUGUACUGGUAAUCUGUUCAAUAUUUAUAUAAGUAUUUAAUUGUAGAUUUUGUAUAAAUUAUUGUAAUGGCACCAUUGUAAUUAUAUUUCAUGUCAUAAUGUAUUGUUUUUAUUGAGACGUACCUACCUCUAGAUGUAAUAUGUAUAUACAUACCGCUUUAUAAUGACCAGCUUGUUUAGCUUGAAUAAUAGUACACCCAUAGUACCAAGCCAUAUACCACUGAUAAAGUUAAUUAUAAAAACGUACAGACAGAUGACACUUUUUAUGUGUCGAUAGUCCUAUUACAAUGUUGUUUAGCAUAUGUUUAUAUUGUUUUUUUACUAGUUCUAAGAGGCCGGCCUCACUGCUCCGUUGCGCAAUAGUGUGUGGAACAACUGCAGUGGGACGAUGGACGUCUGUGGCAAACCUCUAUGCACAAUGACGAAGUGGCAAUGCUCAGCGUCGACGCAACGUAACGCAGCGGAGCAGUGAGCCGUGUUCUAAGUUGUAAAACUACGUAGCUUAUGUGAGCUUCGAAAGCUUUCAAACCUAACUACUAUCAAAUUUAAUAAUUCUAUUUCUAUGUAAGCAAUAAAUUGUAUUAAAUUGAGUUGAUGAUGUGUAUGUAUUACCUAAAAUAUUUUCUGAUAAUCUAGUCUAGGUUUUUGAAACUACGAAAUGAAGACACGCGGCAGCGUGUCCAGCCAAAAGUUCAAAUAAUAUAAUUUAACCAUAGAUUAAAUUUGACCACACCAAGUACGAUUUCGGGAAUUUUUUAUAUUUUUUAUCUGUAAAAUUAUAUUUAUGUAUCUGGCAAUAUGUGUUGUAGUAUCUACACGCACAUAAUUUUAAAGGUAAAUAUGUCGGCAACUUUUCACUUAUUUACUUUGAUCAAAUUUAUGUGCGGUGUAUUGUCUAACGAAAAAUGUAUAACAAAAUAUUUUGUACUUAUGUUGACUGCUUCUUUUAUAUCGUUUAAAUAAUUGAAUAAUUUUAUUAAAAUUAAAUGUUUAUUUUUCGA